AUGUAUCGAGGAAGCUUUCUGUCAGCAAACCUUUUGCUAUUGUUGACAUCGGUCAAAGCUGCAUCGAUUCUCUUCCAAGGAGGAAUAAUCAUUGCCUUUGACAAGGCCUCGGAAGAACUUCGGGUCAUUCGCAAUGGAAGCUUGCUCGUUCAGAAUGACCGUAUUGUGCAGGUCUCUGAUGCAGGCUCGAUGAAGGCUGCGUCAUCCAUCUCAAACCAGACCCAGGUUAUCGAUGUGACGGGCAAGAUCAUCACCCCUGGCUUCAUCGAUACUCACCGUCACGGCUGGCAGACUGCGUUCAAGACUAUUGCUUCCAACACAAGCUUGGUAGAGUAUUUUGGCAGAUACGGCGAGUUCGUGGCUGGUGAUUUCUGGACAGCAGAUGACGUCUAUAACAGCCAGCUCGCAGGCCUUUACGAUUCGGUGAAUGGAGGAGUGACAACCACCCUUGACCACGCUCAUCACACCUGGAGCAAUGCUACCGCUGAAGCAGGCUUGAAGGCAUCCAUCGACAGUGGUGCCAGGGUUUUCUGGAGUUAUGCCUUUCACAACGUGACCAACUACACCGUGGAAGACCAGCUCCCAAACUUUCGAGAUAUUGCGAGUCGUGGCGAUUACAAAAACAGCCCUACGACAAUUGGGGUUGCGUAUGACUUUUUCGGACCGGCUCCUAAUGUCAACGAGGUAAAUGCGGUGAUAGGCCUUGCCAAGGAGUUCAACGUGUCGGUCAUUACCACCCAUUCACUGCAAGGACCCUGGGGAAUCACGAAUUCACCCGAGGAUUUCGAGUCCCUGGGAAUCCUCAACAUGUCCACGCCCAUUGUCUUCUCUCACGCCUCCUUUCUUACUGCUCAGGGAGCAAGUCUCCUUCGCUCGACGACCCAACAUAUCUCCACCACGCCCGAGUCUGAGAUGCACUACGGUCAUACGCAUCCAAAGUCCUUCUACAUACAGGAUCAAAGCGCCAUCGGUAUCGACACCCACUUCACUUACAGCAGCGAUAUCCUGACGCAGGCGCGCAUCUGGCUUCAGCAGACGCGUUACGAGCUGUACAGCGAUGUGCUGGAGCGGUGGCGCGUGCCCCCUAACAACCCCAUGAGCGUGUAUCAAGCAUUUCUCAUGGCCACCCGCAAAGGCGGCCUCGCGCUGCGCCGAGAUGAUCUUGGCGUCAUCGCGGAAGGGGCCAAGGCCGACUUGGUAGUUUGGGACGGCGAUUCUCCAUCCCUUCUCGGAUGGGUUGAUCCCGUCGCAGCGGUGAUCCUGCACGCGAGUGUUGGCGAUAUCGAAGCUGUACUCGUUGAUGGCAAGUGGGUCAAGCGCGAUGGUAAGAUCGCGGUGCAAGGGUAUGAAGAGGUGAAACGGAAGUUUUUGGAGACGGCGAAGCGGAUUCAGGAGAUCUGGCGGAACCUGCCGCUGCCCGAUCCUGGGCAGACGUUCAAUGGCGGGUUCCCGAUUGAAAAGGCCGAGCAGGUGGAUGUUUUGCGCGGACCUGGCGAUGGAUACGGGAAUGUCUUUGUUUGA